CAGCUCAGCUCAUCAUUCAACAUGAUGGUCAGGCUUUACUUCUAUCUUAUCAUACCAUCUUCUUUACUAUCCUUCCCAAGGCCCUAUCCCCCGCCCCCCUUUCAUCUUCGCUUGUGUUCAGCCUUACAAACCUCACCUAACUUGUCUUGAUGGUUCUACAAACCAUCUACGUGGUGAGGCACGGCUACCGUCAAACAUGGCCCGAUAGUGAAGGUCAGGCUGCACGAGCUCGAGGCAUCUUCGGGCCUGCGGAUGCAUCGCUCUCACCUCAUGGAUUCGCACAAGCGAAUGAAUUGGCAAUAUAUGCGGCUAGGCUGAAGCCUCGUAUCAAUGCCAUCUACACAAGUCCCUUGAUUAGAUGUUUGCAAACGGUUUCGCCAACCGUGGCACUCGCCGCUGAAGAGGAGCAGAACGAAAUUCCCCUGCGCGUCGAGCACGGAUUAGGCGAAUGGUUUGGCGCUGAUGGCGCUCACGACUACACCCCUUCUUCUCUAGAGGCAUUAAAAGACCAAUUCCCAGCUUGUUCAUUGGACUAUGUUUCCCUGUCGCCGCCUAUCCUCCACGGUGAAGAUAUCCGACAACUCCAUGACCGCCUCGCUGCAAUCUUGUCUCAAUUGAUUGCGCAAGCUGAUCAAGAUGGACAUGAGGCGAUUCUGCUGUGCAGUCACGCUGCGAAUGUCGUGGCUAUCGGCCAUGUACUUGUCGGUCGAGCAUAUGAAGAUGUCACAACCAAGACCGUUGGAGCGUUCACCUGUGGCGUUUCAACCUAUACGAGGAUCCCAGACGCUUCGAAUCUCAUCAAGACUCUGUCACAGGAUGACAACGACCGUCUUGGCCUAUGGUCGCUGACCGUCAACUGCGAGUCUUCAUUCUUGACGAAUGGCGCAGAAAGAGGCUGGCGUUUUUCCGGUUUGGCGCGUUUCACCAAGCUGCCCCUUGAGCUGGAUGGUGAGGUCGAUGAUGGAACUGGGCUGGGAGUUGUUGUCAACGCACCCCCGGCCACCUUGGGCGAGUGACUGUCAUCCGUGGUCAUCACAGGAUACUCGUGGAGUUCAUUUGCAGCGCACACGAUACUCAAUCACCCAUGUUGGUACUCUUAAUUCAACCGUGG